AUGGGUGCUUCGUUGCUGGAUGAGCGCACAACAUGGGCUGAGUUCGGCAAACACCACCUAGACCGACGCCUCACGAAGGCGUUAACAGACACUCUGCAGUUGCAGCGGCCAACGCUCGUCCAGUCGCGAGGCAUUCCUGUCGCGCUGGAGGGCAAGGACCUGCUUUGUCGUGCACGCACUGGAAGCGGUAAGACCUUAUGCUAUGCAAUACCGCUCGUCCAGCGCCUUCUCCAGGAGGUGGAAGCCAAAGGUUCUGCGACACCUCUGAGCGGCCUCAUUCUAGUUCCCACCAAGGAGCUCAUUGCUCAGGUUCACCGGGUCGUGACUUCCCUGCUUAGCUUCUGUUUCGACGUCCUGACUGUGGACAUGCUUCUCUCUGGCGAGAAGUACAGCAAAGCCGAGCUGCCCGUGAUGUUAGUGACAACGCCCUCUUCGCUACUCCUUCUGGUGAAGCAGCGAGAGGCCAGAUCUGCCAUGAAACCGCUGUCGGAGACGCUCAGGGUCUUGAUAGUGGACGAGGCGGACCUCAUGUUCUCAUAUGGCUACGAAGAGGAUGUCAAGGCUCUCUGCGCCCUGAUGCCUCCGAAGUACCAGGCAAUGCUGGUUUCUGCAACGCUGUCCGAGGAGGUCGAGCAGCUCAAGGGCCUCAUGCUGCACAAGCCGGUCGUCUUGAAGCUGGAGGAACCGCGUGUCACGGGGAAGCUGGCCCAGUUCUACUUCGUGUGCCACAAGACCGACAAGUACCUUAUCAUCUACACGCUCCUGAAGCUGCAGCUGAUACAGGGGAAGACGCUCAUCUUCGUGCAAAGCGUCGAUGCAGCUUAUCGGCUGAAGAUCUUGCUGGAGCGCUUCAGCAUUAAUUCAGCUGUUCUGAACUCCGAGCUGCCGCAUUCCAGCCGUCAGAACAUCAUUGACUCCUUCAAUCAGGGAGCAGUAGAGCUGCUCAUUGCCACCGAUGAGGGUCUCGGAGGCAACGAGGAAGGAGAAGUGACAGAUGAGGAGGCUGGUGACGAAGAGGGCUGCGGGGAGGAGGAGGGGGAGGAAGAGGAGGAGUGCGAAGACGACGAAGCCAUAGAGGAGUUGCCCAAGAAAGCCAAGAAGGCCGACAAGGAUGCUCCAACAUCCACUCCGACAGAUGCGGCUCCCGCGACUCGCAGGUCUGCGCUGCGGCAAAAAGAUCGGAAAGCCACUCCUGCGACAGAGGCAAAGGUGGCGGCAGCAGAUGCGGAGAAAGAGGACGAGCAGGAGGAGGACGAGGAGGAGGAGGAGGAACAGGAGGAAGAGGAGGAAGAGGAGGAAGAGCAGGACGAAGACGUGGCUGUCAAGCCGACACCUGCCGCAGCCUCGAGAGGGACGGCCCCUAGAGCGACGAAGCCUGGGCGCAAGGUGAAGGAUGAGCAGUACUCCCUCACUCGAGGUGUGGACUUGCAAGGGGUGAGCACCGUCUUGAACGCGGAUGUUCCCACGUCCGUGCGGGACUACGUGCACCGCGUGGGGCGCUGCGCCCGCGGCGGCCAGAGCGGCACCGCGCUGACAAUCUGCACCCACGAAGAGCAGCCCAUGCUGCAGAAAAUCAUUCAGGCGCAGAGUCGUUCAGGUACAGGGCUGCAAGCCCUGCCGAUGCAGAUCUCCGAUGCCGAGCGCUUCCGCUAUCGCGUCGAAGACAUGGCAAGAGGACUCACCAAGAAGGCGAUAUCAAAAUAUCGUGCACGCGAACUGCAGAUGGAGGCUCUGCAUUCCGAGAAGUUGAAGGCAUACUUCGAGGAGCAUCCAGACGACAAGAGAGCCUUGCAGAGGAUGCAGCGGGCGCUUCGGGAGCGAAAGGCUGUGAGGCAGCAUCUUAAGAGUAUCCCUUCCUACCUUGUGCCGGAAGCCUUCCAGAAGACCACGCCCGUCCAGAAGGCCGUCCGGGAGGCCAACGCCAGCGCCGGGAAGCCGACCAGUUCGGUCAGGCGGAAACGCUUGAUGAAGGCCAAGCAGCAGGAUCCUCUUCAAAGCUUCGAUGCUCCGGGUGUUGAGAAACGACGAGAUCGCUUCACACGUGAGCGCAUGAUUGCAAAGGAGAAGAGACUGGAUCCGGCAACGACCAACGUCGAGGCGCUGCCUCCGCUGUCUCGGCACAAGCUGUGGAAGCUGCAGCAUGGCAAACGACUUCGCAAGCCGAUGGAUGUGCUGGGGGAACGGCGGCGGCUGACCCCGGGGGAACGCAAGCGGAGGAAGAAGUUUGCGUGA